AGGACUGGCACUCAUGUGUGCACGUGCGCACGCACACACACACACACACACACACACACACACACAAAUAAAGGAAAAAAAGAACAAUACAGAAAUAGCUGCUGUAGCUUUUGUUUUGAUUCUUAAUCUGAAAAUGAUGGUGGGUGGAAGAGAUUCUUUAGUCCCCUCCUCUGGUUGUCCUCUGAGGAUUGUGGGGGAUUGUGGGGGAUUGUGAGUUCCACCUGGCAGGUGGCUUGCUUGAAUUUCAAGCAGUGGGAUCACUCAAAUCUGUUCAAGUCUUCAUGAACAGCUUUUCCCUACCUGGUGUUCACUCAGUGAGGUUUGCUUGGAGAGAAAGCAUUUGAUUUGCUUAUUUAUUUUUUCGUGCUGAAGCUCGUUUUUAUGUAGGGGUAUGUCCUGUGCUUUAGAUUUUAGUCCUUGGAGGAUGUAAUAAAAUAAGUUUAUGACUAUAUUUCAAUUUGUGAAAACAGAACUCUUACACUGCUAAUAAAGCAGAAGUGUUGAAAUAUUAUCAAAAACCUUCGUUUUCUUGCCUCUUUUAAUAUUAUGGAGCACUGUGCUCUUUCAAGUAUUAAAGGAAAGUAGCAUCCAUUGGCCUGCAGUGCUUUCAUGGCAGCAUUUAAUAGGCGCUGUUCAUAAAUGGUCUCAGUUAUAAUAACCCUCUGCAUAUGAGAAAUCCUACACUUAAGGAGUUCAAGAAUCACAAAACAAACAUUCAGUCAUUUUUAUUAGACAAGGCAGAGGCAAUAAAAACAAAAAGAGCCUGGUCUGACUUUCAUGUUUCAAAAGCUUUCACUUAAGGAAGUGUGUCAGCAUUUCUGUGACUAAAAUAAGACAGCAACUACCUUGUUGGUGGAAUGGGUUAAUGAUGGGUCGGUCCUUGUUUGGAUUUGUGGCUGGAGUACGCUGGGGGGUGAUGUUGGAUGGAGUGUUUCAGAGCACUGAAUUGUGAGGGCGACUCACUGGGCUUUCUCGGUGUGCUGAGUGUUUUGGCUGCUGAUUCUCUCAUGGAGUUGCCUGUCAUUUUUAGUUUGCCACCGCUGGUUCAGGCAAUCUUCAGUGGUGAUCCGGAGGAGAUAAGGAUGCUCAUCCAUAAAACGGAAGAUGUGAAUGCCUUGGAUUCAGAGAAACGAACCCCCCUUCAUGUGGCUGCAUUUCUGGGAGAUGCAGAGAUCAUUGAACUCCUCAUUCUGUCAGGAGCUCGUGUGAAUGCCAAGGACAACAUGUGGCUGACACCACUCCACCGGGCUGUUGCUUCCAGAAGUGAGGAGGCAGUGCAAGUAUUGAUUAAGAACUCAGCAGAUGUCAAUGCGAGAGACAAGAACUGGCAGACCCCCCUGCAUGUGGCAGCCGCCAAUAAGGCUGUCAAAUGUGCAGAAGUGAUCAUCCCACUGCUGAGCAGCGUCAACGUCUCUGACCGAGGGGGGCGCACAGCCUUGCACCAUGCGGCUCUCAAUGGCCAUAUUGAGAUGGUUAAUUUACUCUUGGCCAAAGGAGCAAACAUCAAUGCAUUUGACAAGAAGGACCGCCGUGCCCUCCACUGGGCAGCAUAUAUGGGCCACCUGGAUGUCGUAGCAUUGCUCAUUAACCAUGGUGCUGAAGUGACCUGUAAGGAUAAGAAGGGCUACACCCCCCUGCAUGCUGCAGCCUCCAAUGGACAGAUCAAUAUUGUCAAACAUCUCCUGAACCUGGGAGUAGAGAUUGAUGAAAUCAAUGUCUAUGGAAAUACAGCACUUCACAUUGCCUGCUACAAUGGACAGGAUGCUGUGGUUAAUGAGCUAAUCGACUACGGUGCUAAUGUGAACCAGCCCAACAACAACGGCUUCACCCCUUUGCAUUUUGCUGCUGCCUCUACUCACGGUGCUCUGUGUCUAGAAUUGUUAGUAAAUAAUGGGGCAGAUGUUAACAUUCAGAGUAAAGAUGGCAAAAGUCCACUGCACAUGACAGCUGUCCAUGGAAGGUUCACACGGUCACAAACCCUCAUUCAGAAUGGUGGUGAAAUCGACUGUGUGGAUAAAGAUGGCAAUACACCUCUUCAUGUGGCUGCAAGAUAUGGUCAUGAGCUUUUGAUUAACACCUUAAUAACCAGUGGAGCUGACACAGCCAAGUGUGGAAUCCAUAGCAUGUUCCCCUUACAUUUAGCUGCCCUAAAUGCUCACUCUGACUGCUGCAGAAAGUUGCUUUCAUCAGGCUUUGAAAUAGACACCCCAGAUAAAUUUGGAAGAACGUGCCUUCAUGCUGCUGCUGCAGGAGGUAAUGUGGAAUGUAUAAAACUCUUGCAGAGCAGUGGAGCAGAUUUCCAUAAAAAGGACAAAUGCGGGAGGACCCCUUUGCACUAUGCAGCUGCGAAUUGUCAUUUCCACUGUAUUGAGACAUUAGUGACCACAGGAGCCAACGUUAAUGAGACAGAUGACUGGGGACGGAGCGCACUGCACUAUGCUGCUGCAUCAGACAUGGACAGAAGUAAGACUAUCUUAGGAAAUGGCCAUGAAAACUCUGAAGAACUUGAAAGAGCCAGGGAGAUGAAGGAAAAGGAAGCCGCUUUAUGUUUAGAGUUCCUGCUUCAGAACGAUGCCAACCCAUCGAUCCAGGACAAGGAAGGCUACAAUAGUAUCCACUAUGCUGCUGCCUAUGGCCACAGGCAAUGUCUGGAACUGCUUUUGGAAAGAACCAACACUGGUUUUGAAGAAUCUGAUUCUGGCGCUACCAAGAGUCCACUCCACUUAGCUGCCUACAAUGGGCACCAUCAGGCCUUGGAGGUCCUUCUGCAGUCGUUGGUGGACCUGGACAUCAGGGAUGAAAAAGGCCGCACGGCUCUGGAUCUGGCUGCCUUCAAGGGACACACGGAGUGUGUAGAAGCCCUGAUAAACCAGGGGGCAUCCAUCUUUGUAAAAGACAAUGUGACCAAAAGAACGCCGCUUCAUGCCUCAGUCAUUAAUGGUCACACCCUGUGUUUACGGCUAUUACUGGAAAUCGCAGACAAUCCAGAAGUGGUUGAUGUAAAAGAUGCCAAAGGACAAACCCCACUGAUGCUUGCAGUAGCAUAUGGACAUAUUGAUGCCGUCUCCUUGUUACUUGAAAAGGAAGCAAAUGUAGAUGCUGUUGACAUUAUGGGAUGUACAGCUUUACACAGAGGGAUUAUGACAGGACAUGAGGAGUGUGUGCAAAUGCUGCUGGAACAAGAAGUGUCCAUUCUCUGCAAAGAUUCCCGAGGGAGAACGCCCUUGCACUAUGCAGCUGCGAGGGGCCACGCCACCUGGCUGAGUGAGCUGCUUCAGAUGGCUCUUUCCGAGGAGGACUGUUGUUUCAAAGACAACCAAGGCUACACGCCACUGCACUGGGCUUGUUAUAACGGUAAUGAAAACUGUCUAGAGGUACUUUUGGAGCAGAAAUGUUUUCGAAAAUUUAUCGGUAAUCCCUUCACUCCACUGCACUGUGCAAUAAUAAAUGACCAUGAGAAUUGUGCAUCAAUGCUACUGGGGGCCAUAGAUUCCAAUAUUGUCAGUUGUCGAGAUGAUAAAGGCAGGACACCCCUUCAUGCAGCAGCUUUUGGGGGUCAUGUGGAGUGCUUGCAGCUUCUUUUGAGACAUAGUGCCCAAGUGAAUGCAGUGGAUAAUUCAGGAAAGACGGCGCUGAUGAUGGCUGCUGAGAACGGACAGGCAGGUGCUGUGGAGAUCUUGGUGAACAGUGCCCAAGCUGAUCUGACUAUAAAGGAUAAAGACUUGAAUACACCAUUACAUUUGGCUAGUAGUAAAGGUUAUGAAAAAUGUGCCUUGUUAAUACUUGACAAGAUACAAGAUGAGAGCCUUAUUAAUGCAAAAAACAAUGCACUGCAGACACCCCUCCACAUUGCUGCACGCAAUGGCUUGAAGGUGGUAGUAGAGGAGUUGUUAGCCAAAGGAGCCUGUGUUCUUGCUGUAGAUGAAAAUGCUUCUAGGUUGAAUGGACCCCGUUCUACACCUGGAACAGCUAUACUAAAAGAAGAAUGAGACUUUAAAAAUUAUGCAGAGACACACAUUGGUGUGUAUAUAAAUAUGUACGUAGUCCCUCAACCAGCCAUCCGUGAGGACCAAAAUGCUUCAGACUCAAAUGGAAGAGUGACAUUUUUUUUCAAUCAACAUGCGAGUGAGAACUGUAGUAAGCUUUUCUAUGGAGUUAAAAAAAAUGUAACCCUUUCGUGUACCAGUCUUUAUUGUAUUUUAUAUUUCUUAUGACACAGAUUUCUAGUUGAUGGUUUAACAUUUGUAAUUGAUGGUGUGUUGACCACAGUUUAUUUUCUUGCCAAACUAGAGAAAAUGUCUGUAUACUUUUGAUGUGAAUGUGUUUAUAUUUAUUUGAAAUGAAACAAAUGCCAAGGAAACAUUUACUGUUAGUUCUCUGUUUUAAUUGCUGUGUACUUAUUUGGAAUAUAACAAAAGUGGAAAAAUCACUCUUGACCCUGGGUUAGGCAACAGCCCUGGGGACAAAUCCAGCAUUUCCACUACUAAUGUUUCCAGCCAGCCCUCAGGUUCACUCAUUGCUCAGCCCUAGUCUGUAGCCAGCUUGGAAAACAUUGCCCUCCAUAUGCUUUUCUGCAAGGUGAAAACUGAAAUGUGGUGUGGAUCAUCUGCACCAAGGUGGCCCAAAGAAAAAAACCCAAAUUGCCCUAAAUACACCGAAAAAUUGUAAAAAGAAAUGGGAGAUGAUGUCAGCUGGGACACUGUGCCAAGAGGGGGAAUAAAAAUCACCAGCCCAAGUGCUAUUUUCCAAUUGAGGAAGAGAUAGGGAAGAAAUAUGUUGCAUUAAGGCAGUCUUUUUCAACAUUUCAUAAUAGCUUACAUUUUCACCCUACAAAUUUCUAUUUUAUAGUGUCUGUGUGAGAUAGCGGUUUUUUUUUAAGCUUACCAUUACAUCUGCAUAAAUAUAGAUAAUGCAUUAUAUUUUCCAUCAGCUUCAAAAGACUCUAGUAAUACUCUUUUGAUGUUGUAGGUUCAAUUAAAACUCACCAUGUAUGUUCAAAUUCAACAUGAAGAACAUAGUCAAAGGUCUUAUAAGGGAAACAGAAUUAUAAUUUUAUAAAAAAUUUCCUCCACCACUACCACUAUUAUUUUUUUAAUUCUUGGUGUUGUGUUUUCUUCCAUUUUCUAUUCUUUUUAUUCAGAGAAGAUGGAUGUUUAAGGUAGAUAAAUUGCUAAUGAGCAAUAAUGCCUUUAUCAUCAAAACACUGAAAAUAUAGGCACUUCAGUGUUAAGGAAGCAUGCUACACUUAGAUGGAAGUGAAUGGAAAUUUUGCUUAGUUAGCAUUUAAAGCAAGAAAGGAAAUGCCUGCAUUCAUAGUGAAGCAGCAUUAACAUUUUUCCUAUAGAAUGGCAGAGAAUAGAAGGAUGGCUCAGCAAAGCAGGGACCUAUCAUGAGACAUCCUAUCCAUGGAGCUGUACUUGGACUUUUUCUCACUCUUUUUAACAGAAGGACAAAGGAACACAAUGGAAUCUUACUUACAAUGAACUGGUCUUGACUCUAUCUCUCCCCUCAUUUAUUUUCUCUCUUCCAACAAGAUCAUUUUUUUUAAAGAAAUGACUUUACAAACAAUAAUUUCUGUGUAUUUCAAUUAAAUCACUUAGAAAUAAAAUUACGUUUGCAACAUAACUUUCGGGGGGAAGUAGAUCAGAAAACAUGUUUUGAAUCAAGUCCUAGUUGAGUAGUGCUUUACCUUAAUGUGUUAUUUUUAGACUCUUGUUUUGUCCAUGGCCACCAAUGAUCAUGUUUUGUUAUCUAUUCACCAGUGUGUCUACCUAUCUUUGGUAAAUACAUUCCUAUCUCGAAAUUGCCUAAAAUAUGCUAUAUGAUUCUACAGUAAAUAGCUCAGGGGAUUUCUAUUUAUCAUUACUAAAAGAGAACCAGAGUAUGUCUUGGUAUUUUAGGCAGUGAACAGCUGCUUCCUGUCUUAUUUUAGUAUUGAGUUAGGAGAAGAACAUCUAAUGGAUUUGCUGCACUAGUUAUUCUUCGUACUGUUGAGCAACUUAGUUUGCUUUUCUGUUUCUUUGUUUGCUUGAAGAACUCAUUUUUUAAAAUUUGGUCUUGUAACAUGAAGUUAGAGUGCCUUUUAUAUUUGUAUAUUCUGAAGAUGUUCUGUGAAAUGUUUUCUAUUGUUUUCAUUUGAGUAUUAUCAGAGCAAUAUAAUACCAGUAAGUUUUCAUUUCAACCUUCCUUUGUACAAAGUGGCUGUUUCCUAUCCCCAUUUUUUCUCUGCUUUGAAAAUGAAAAUGCUGAAGUUUUCUAUAGGAAUGAUGUUUGAUUUUGCAGUGCUUUCUUCUUACAAAACUGUAAACCAUAGGUCAGUAUUAUAGGGGAAAAGCGUUUUAAGAUAGUGACAAUCUGAGUGUGUAUAAAAUGUAAUCCUACGUGUUUCUUUUGCGGUGAUUAAAGGGUUCCAUGCAAGUAUCUUUUGUUCGGUAGUUUUGUCUACAGACUUUCUGCUUUAGCAUGUGCAAUAUAUCUUUGCAAAGCACGACGACGAUAUGAAUUUGGUGCCAGUGUUUUAUUUUGCGAAACAUGUUUGUACCAGCACAGAAUAUUGUUUGAUAUUUCAGUGGGAUUUUUGUCUGUAAUGUUUUCUUAUGUAAAUUGGAGUUGAAUGACUCCAGGAAAUGUCAUGACUGUAAAAAUGAGGAAAAUGGCUUUUAGUUCAGUGAAUGACUUUGAACAAGUCUAAAUCGUCUCAAGCACAGUUUAUUACUUUUGCAACUACUGAAUGCUCUAAUAAUGUAAUGAAGUACUUAACUGUAAUAUACUUUGGAAAUGCAUUCAGAUGGUUAUUUUUACAAAUAAAAACGGUACAAAUAUUGUC